AUGCCGGUGACCGAACUCGCCCUCCUCCGCCUAAAAGCGCAAGACCCCUCGUCUUCCGCCAAGAGUACUUUCAUAGAAGCCCAAGAGAAACAAUCAACACACUCCGGCUAUCAUGUCACAUACCUCCGCCAGAUCGAAGACCCAUCAUCCGUCUACCUGAUGGGUGGGUGGGAGUCUGUAGAGAAACAUACAGGCGAAGGCCAGUGGCUUUCAUUUGAAAUCAACCAGGCCCUGCUCGCGCAGUUGAAGGACAGUCUUGAUGUUAGCUGGAUGUUUCACUUGGACCUCGAUCCACCUACAUCCAAAAUCCCGUUAGAUGCACCCGUUCUCGCUAUAACUCGAUACUUUGUCGAGCCAAGCAAGAAAGGCGAGUUUGACGCUGUUUUCAGGAAUGGCGUGUCCCAUUUGAAUGCCUACACGGCUCCGUUUUCUUCCUGCGGUGCGUGGCGCAUUGACAAAGAGGGCGAAGAUGAGGAGUUUGUUCUUUUUAGCGGGUGGAACCAGGUCCAGGAUCAUUUUGCUUUCGGGGAGUCUGAGGCUUCUAAGGAGUUUGAGAAGAUUAAGGCGCUUAUGAAGGAUGCGGAUAUUAAGCACGUACGUGUUGAGAAGUGGGAGUAA